AGUCGUUGCACCUGCCGCUGGCUCAGCCUCACACAACGUUUCAACGCUGGCUCCCGCCCAAGGUUUACCAGCAUACUGUAACUUGGCAAUAGUACCCUUGACCCGCGAGUCGCUGGCUUGCUGGUGCCAUCCACACUACGUAUACAUACUAGUAUGCACUCGCUUAGCCUCCACACCAACGUAUUAAGCGUAUUCCGGUCAAGUUUUAUCAUGGCCAAUAUGUGACGUCCUGCUCUUAAUUCGACUUCAUGGCGCACUGAAGACUAGCGACGCUGCUAACAUGCAGUCGUCAGCCACUGUGUCAGCCAUCCUGGGCAAGAACACAUUCUACUGUUCUGUGUUGAUGUCCUUGAUCAUAGUACCUCACGCCAACGUUACUCAAGCGAACGAUGUCUGGUUCCAAGCACGAGCUCGCUCCGGGCGCCAUAGCUGGCAUCGUAAUAGGAACGCUGUUUGUCCUCAUCGUCUUAUCCGCUACCGGUAUUAUCCUUCAUCACCGGCGACAACUUGUAUCCGUCGACACGUCUCAUCUGUCCGCCGAGAAACCUGCGCCCCUCAGUAAGACCCCGCAACGACGUGCGAGGCGGGCUCCAUCUCGCAAAGCCGCGCCCAAGCUCUCUGUGGACCUCAUCAGCUCCCCUAUGCCUUUGGCGCGGGCCAGCCGCGACCCCGAGAAAGACUGCGGAGAUACCUCCGUGUCCACGCUCAACGUGGUCAUCUCGCCCUCGCUCCCGCGCAUCUUCAAGGUCGAUACGGAGGACGGAGAGGGCGCCGCAGUAGAAGUACGCAUCACUCCUCCGACACCUGUUGCCAGCCGAGGAGAUGUUGGCAUGCCGUCACCGACGAGGGGGCGGUAUCAAAGGAAGAAGAUAGCGUCGGGCGUCGGAUUGGGUAUGGUGCAUGUACAGAGCGAAGGCGAGGCGAAGUGGUGGGUAAUGUGA